AUGGAGGCUUUUGAUUUCAGCAAUUCGAAAGAAGAGAAAGGCAGCGCCAUGUCUGGCCAUAUCUUCUCCGGCAUUGCCAAGACGCUUCGCAUUCUGGAACUCUGCAUCGCUCUCUUCCUACUCUCCUGGAUCCUCACGCGCCUCCCUCUCGCCAUCCGCCUCUCCGCCAACUGCCUCCGCAGCCCUCUCUUUGUCUUCGCUCUCUUCAACGCUAUCAUUGCCGCCCUCCUCGCCCAGUCCGCCCGACUCUCCGGCUCCGAUCACCGCACCUCCCACUCCGAACCUCAGGCAGAGCACCGGCACAAUCAACUAAUAACGGAUCGAGCUGUAACGGACACGUGUACGGACAAUGGUUCAUGUGCCGCGGCGGAUUCAGGUUCCAAUUUCAGUUCCCAGAGAGUUUUCCGGCGGAUUCGAUCGGAGAAGUUGGAGGAGGAUGAGGGAAGGACGACGGAGAGGAAGAAACUGCGGCGAUCGGAGACGGAGACCGCGAAGGCGGUUGAAAGUUCGUAUCCGCAGCAUGAUAAGCUGAGCAACGAGGAGUUCCGGCAAACCAUAGAGGCGUUCAUUGCGAGGCAAAUGAGCCUUCUCCGGGAAGAGUCGUUGGCCAUUGUUGUUAAAACCUCAGAGUAA